UCAAACUAAGCUAGAACAUAUAUAGAAACAAAUCAACUUAUAGUUUUUUCCUCCCCUCUCCCGAAAAAUAUUAUAACAAUGGCAACAGUAAUCCGUCAACCACCAAAACAUGGAAACAUGAUCACUAUUCUUAGUGUUGAUGGAGGAGGAAUCAGAGGAAUAAUCCCCGCUGUUCUCAUUGAGUACCUCGAAUCUGAACUUCAGGAGCUAGAUGGGAAGGAUGCGAGAAUUGCUGACUACUUCGAUAUGAUAUCGGGGACUAGUACUGGUGGACUUAUCACGGCCAUGUUAACAGCUCCCAACAAAAACAAUCGUCCUUUAUAUGCUGGCAAUGAAAUUGUACCAUUUUAUCUUCAGCACUGCCCUAAAAUCUUCCCACAGUCAAAUGGAUUAUUUGGUCUUCUUGAUCCAGUCAGAGGUGUUGCAAUUGGACCAAAAUACAAUGGAAAGUAUCUUCAUGACACAGUGCGAAAUAUAUUAGGAACCACAAGGUUGCAUGAGACCCUCACAAACGUAGUCAUUCCGACUUUUGAUAUUAAGAAACUCCAACCUGUAAUAUUUUCCUCUUAUCAGGCUAAGACGAUCACUGCCUUAGAUGCUCGUCUUUCGGACAUUUGUAUUGCGACCUCGGCAGCUCCAACAUACCUUCCUUCCCAUUAUUUUACAAACCAGGACAAAGAUGGAACGACUGCUGAAUUUGAUCUCAUCGACGGUGGCAUGGCCGCUAAUAAUCCAUCUCUGGCUGCUUUUAGUGAAAUUACAAAACAAAUAUCAAAAGGGAAUCCAGAUUUCGGGUCCAUAAGGCCACUGGAUUGCUCCCGUUUUCUGCUGAUUACGUUGGGAACAGGAUCAAACAAGACUGAGCAAAAAUACAAUGCUAAGAUGUCAGCCCAAUGGGGAACCGUUAACUGGAUUUUUUUCAAUGGAUCUACUCCUAUCAUUGAUGUUUUCUCCGAAGCAAGUGCCGAUAUGGUUGACUAUCAUAACUCUGUGCUUUUUCAAGCUUUUGAUUCUCAACACAACUAUCUUCGCAUUGACGACGACACUCUGAAAGGAACCCUAGCAUCGGUGGAUAUAGCUACAAAAGAUAACUUGAACAAUCUAGUGAAAACGGGUAACGAGUUGCUGAACAAGCCAGUUGUACGCAUGAACUUGGCAACUGGUCUCUACGAGCCUGUUCCCGGUGCUGGUACCAAUGCUCACGCUCUAAAACGUUUGGCAAAAGUACUUUCUGAUGAAAAGAAACUGCGAGAGGCCAAUGCCAAAGCUGCAUCGAACUAAUUCCUAAAGAAUACAUCGCUUUCUUCAGUUUGAAGAUUCCACCAACGUAAUGUGUCCGGAGUGACAACCAAUAAUAAAUCAAUGCCCUUGUUUUAAUUUUAAUUGUUCAGUUUGAUGCGUACGUACUGUAUUUUCAACCCAAUUACAGUAAGACUUUCUUUAUAUAUAAAAAGAAAAAUGGUUGAAAAUUACUAUGUACUUCAGUUUGUAAUGUAAUAAGCUGCUAUGAUAAACUGUUAUGUGCAAUAGAAUAGCUGAAAUAAAUCGAUCA